AUGGAUAAACCAGGUAAGUGAUCCCUGUAUAUAGGAGCUCACUCUCUUGUAUUAUUUUUAAAUACUUUGAUCUGGAUGUUUAGUCAGUCAUUAUUUCUGACCAGUGUUGUUUGGGGUUGUCUUGUGCCAGUAUUGCAAAGGCUGGUAUCUCCCGGGCUAGACUCUAGGACAGUGGUGAGAGAAAUGCAGUCAUGGUAUCAUCUCUCAUACACACACUUGGAAACAUGCUAUUGUGCACCGUAUUAUGGCUGUCACCUGGUUAGUAUCUUACUGGACUAGCUGGCACUUGGUGGUGCUGGUAUUGCAGACCUAUUAGAAAAUCUGUGUGUGGGGUGUUGGGGUUUUUUUUUUUUUCCCUCAUAUUAAGACUACUGCCACCCGUAGGUGGCGAUGUGUGGAGGCAGGAAUAGGAAGCUACAUUUUUAUUACUGCUUCUCUCAGCUGGCUAGAUCAGCAGGGUUCAGCUCUCCUUUUUUUUUUUUUUUCUUUUUUUUUUUUUUGUUAAAUCCCCCUCUUUUAUUCUGUCCAUUUCUAGGGAUACGACAGUAGUUAGGUGUUCCUCUUGGAUUUGGUGUGGAAUGCAUAAGAAAGUGAUAUGUAAGUCAGUAUAUAUGAAAAUAAAUCCUUUGCAUUCUAAUUUCCUUGACUUAUACUUGCCCUUCGAUACAUCUCUGCAGAAACCCCUUCCCCAGCAGUCAGCCUGGCUGAGGUAAUCCAUUUCUGUUGGCUAUAGCUAAUGUGAGUGGCAGAUGUUCUCUGCUAGAGCAGUCUGCCUUCUCAUGUUCUCUGUAGACAGAUCAUUUAAAGGGACACUCCAGGCACCCAGACCACUUCUGCCCAUUGGAGUGGUCUGUGUGCCAACUCCCACUACCCUAAACCCUGCAACUGUAAAUAUUUUUAUCUAUCUAUCGUGUCCAUAGCACAGGAAACCUGUGCUAGAGCAUUGCUGGACAUCCUCACGCUGUGAGAGGCCCUCCAGCGUUGCUCAAUUCCCCAUAGGAAAGCAUUGAAAAGCAUUUUCAAUGGUUUGCUAUGGAGAGCUUGUGCAUUAGGUUUCGCGGGCGGGAUCAGUCUUGCCCACCGGCUGACAUAAUCACUGGGCAGAGUGGUGGCGAGCAGAAACCAUCGCUGAGGGACAUCGGUGGGGUCUCGGUUAAGUGACCUGAAGGGUUUUCACCCCUUCAGCUACCAGGGAUGGGUGGUGGGAGGGAGAGGGGACCUGCAGUGCCAGAGUCCCUUUAAUGGAAAAUCUCAAGCUCACACCUCCAAAACAAGAUGUUUCCUACAAAAGUCUCUGGUUACUUCCUUUUCAUGUUUGCUGUGUACAUCUUGGUCAGGGGAGGUGUUGUUAGGGCUGCCCAAAUCAUGGGAAGUAAUAGAUGGAUUGAAAAAUAAUAAAUAUGAAUUCUAUGAGUUAUUAGAACUUCUAGAGCAGGGGUUCUCAACCCAGUCCUCAAGGACACCCAAACUGCCCAGGAUUUAAGGAUUACCCUGCUGUCUAGUGUGUUAAAGUUAAAUGACGACAAAUUAUUGCUGUAGUUUAGGUCUAACAUCUGUUCCCCCUUGACUUUCAGAAACCCUCCUCUUCAUUGUAACCAGGAUGGAAUGUUGCUGGAGCUGGCUUACCACCCAGUCAGGAAGAGGACAACUACAUGGCGAGAGCAGUUCCUCUAGGGAUACUAGCAAAUGCCUCCUGGGUUUUCUUUAGUCCUGAAGGGGAACUGUUUGCUGUCCGUCGUGGAGAUGUGUACAGAGGAAAUAUACCUUCACAGCAAGGCCUGGACUGGUUCAAUGUUGCAAAAAAAGUGGGUAAAGUUUACUGGAGCAACUUCAGAUUUAUACUCUUUGAUCCCAAUGGUGUCUUGUAUGCAGUAACAGGCAAAGGGGAUAUCUACAAGGGUCCUGCUCCGACCAAUGCAAACAUGCCCUGGCUUUAUCGUCAAGCCACCAAAAUAGGGUCUGGUAUGUGGAACUCAUUAAGGGCCCUCUUCUUUGAUCCUCAAGGCAUUCUGUAUGCAGUGAAAUCAGAUGGCCGUCUUGUGAAGAGAAACCCCCCCAACAGACUCCAAGGAUGACUGGUUUGCGACAUGCAUACCUGUUGGCAAUGAAAACUGGUUCCAGCUCACUCACUUCAUGGCUUUUAGUCCUGAUGGAUCAUUCUGGUGUGUCAAUGACAGCACAGGAUAUAUGUAUAAAUGGUCAUCUCAAGCUGUACAUUCCAACUUUCCUCAAAAAGAUGCUCAGUCCAUGGGCUGGGGCUAUAGCGCAGGCCUCUUCUUUGCUUUCACCUGUGACAAAAUCAUCUCCAGUAUUGAGAGCCUUGAAUUCCUUCCAGAUGAUGGUAAAAUUGUAUCCCAAGGCGAUUCAGUGCUAGAAAAACAAAUCUACAGAAACUCCAGUGAUACUCCUCUCAAACAUCUCUUUACGUAAGUAAACCCUCGGGUAGACCACAUAAGUGUCAGUAUCCAGACACUGACUUCCAGAAUGAGUAAUUCUAAAUAGGGAUGGUGUCCUAGGCCAAUAUUUAACCCAUAAAGGCUAUGCAUGCCAGUAACAGUGAACAUGCCAUCACCAGUAACAUACACCUCCCAAAAUGAGAUCCUUGCUUUGCCUAUCCCAAGUAGUCAAUGUGCAGAUCCUUUCUGGAGAGCUCUGGGAUAUGUGAAAAUGCCUUGUGUUUAUAUGCAUUUGCUGGUAUUUUUAUAUUGCAUCUUCACUCUUCACUCUUCACUCUUCACUCACCCUGGUAUGCACAUCUUGUGCUUAGUGUGCUGUAUUGGGGGGGUGGUAGAAAUACAACUAGUCUAACUUAACAGCUAUGAACAUGACGGGUCGGAUUAUUGCCAGUCCCAGGUGCCAGUAACAUCUAUUUGAUCAACUAUAAGAUGACUGAUCCCUAUACAGCCUUUGUCCAGAAUUUACCUUGUGGUAAGUUUUAAUGUCGGAGGCAGUCCACCUUGUAAUUUCAGCCGCAUUGGUGUUUUUAGAGGAAGUCGAAUGUCUACACUAGCGUAUGAAUUUGCUAAACAUACGUUUGAUAGUGUUGGGUUGUAUUAUGGGGAGGGUUUGGAGGAGAUGCAAGGUCUUUGAUAGGGUGCCCAUUUUUAGGAUAUGGGUACGACAGCCAUCCAAACAUUGGUUUGUGUGAGGUAUAUCUUUAUUGUUGGUGGAGAUCCCUUGGGAGCUGGACCUCGAGGUACUUUACUGCUGUCUCUGCCCAAGCGAAUGGGUAUAAUUGUUGCAGUGUUGAUUUCAACUGGGGAUUUACAUGGAUGGGCAGUAUCUCGUGCUAAGUAAAAUUUACUAAAGUUAAGAGAACUUAUUGUAGAGGGAGAGUUCAUCUAGUAGAUGGGGCAUUGAAGCCAUAGGGUCAGUUAUAGUAAAAAGUAGGCCAUCAGCAAAUCUGCUAAUUUGAACUUUUGUGUAUUUAAUUUUAUCCCCUGUAUAUUGGGGGUUGUUGCCCUGCCGGAAGGGUUCUAGUAUGCAUAUAAAUAGAAUGAAUGGGUGGGUGAGAGGGGGACACCCCUGUCUCAUACCCAUACUAAUAGGGAUAGAAUCAGAGUUGACCAUUUGACUCUCUCUGGCUGUUGGGGUGGAGUAUGUGGCUAGUGCGACCUGGGUAACUUGGAUGGUUAUCCCCUUUUUUAGAUUAGGUCAGACCCACUUCCUGAGUAACAGGACAAGACCGUUUCAGGAUACUUAACAAUUUUUGUUGGGCACACAGCUUUUUAGGCACAGACCCCCACAGGGGGUCUCCAUCCAGCACCACACGGGUAGGGUGACCCUGACACGGGAUCAAAGUCACCGUGCACAGGGUGUUUGGUAAUACGAACCAGCGGCCACCCAGGGGCAUCACACUGCUCAUUCCCCGGCAGUUUUCACACCUUGUUAGUGAGGUGAAUGUUCUAAUUGGAGCAUGAAGGUGGUCCAGCACUGUUCAGGAGACAAAUGCUCCCCGGUGGGCGUUCAGCAAUACAAACUGACCACUCAAGGGAAGCACACACCGCUCAUUCCUUUGUGGUCUGUGGUUUUCACACCUCAUUAGUGAGGCGUGAACAUUUUAAGUAAACGUUCUAACUGAGGUGCCUGGGUGGUCCAGUGCACAGGGGUCCAUGCGCCACAGAGCCCCAAUUGGUCAAAAGGUUUAGUGCAGGAUUUUAGUCCAAUCCAUAGAAAAAGGAAUAGGAAAGAGGGGAAACUCACAUCCACAGGCAAAAGAAACAAGGCAAUUCAGAGUAUGUGUUUAUCUGUUUUUGGCCAAACCACAUGGCUCUGAGGUGUGGGAAAGCAGGAACAGUCCACCCUGUUAAUGCUUUUUCCGCGUCAAUGGAUAGACUGGGUGCACGGGAGAGUCUGGCUAUAUGGAUAAAGCUUAUUUUGACUGGUCCCAGCACGAAGCCCACCUGGUUAGGUUGGACUACGCCCUGCAAGAGGGCGUAGCCUUGUGGCCAGGAUCUUGGUGAAAAUGUUUAGGUCCACGUUAAGUAAAGGUCUAGGGCUGUAAGUUAUUCAAUAUCGUGUCUGGGGUUUAAGGUUAGAGUGAGGAGUAGAAUUCAUGGAAUAGGUAGUAUAUCUGGAAGGUUGUGAGAUGAAACCUGCCUUUGUUUUGAUUUUAGAGAUGAAUGCAGUUUGUCUGGUAUUCUGCAAUAUUUAGGCUUGGAGUCUGCCACAUUUGCCUCUGUGAGAGUAAGUUAUGUUUUGUCAAUAUUAACUUUUUAUUUUUUUUUAUUUGAGUAGUUGUUGCAGUGAGGAUCUCUUGGAAACCCAUUUUUUGUAAAUGGCCAGUGACUGAGUUUGUUUGAUCUUCCAGGUUCCUCAUGUUUAGGAUCAGGUUGGUCAUUUGUUUAUAUUUUUUUUGGCAGCAAUGAGGUAUCCUCUGGCUACUGCCUUUUUGUGCCUUCCAUGAAAUUGUAGGUGACCGAGGGAGUGUAUUUUCAAUGAACUAGUGCUUCAAGGGAUCAUCUACUUGGGAGAUAACAUUGGUGUCACUGAGCUUCCAUUGGAAUGGGUGGGAGUGAGGGGAUGACCAGGUAAUCGGACCAUAAUGACAUUUCUUUAAGUGCAGAAAUCUGGUAUGAAGAGCAUGUCUGGCCUAGAAUAUAAUCCUGUGACAUGUGACUCAUAGGAGUAAUCCCUGGUGGAGUAUGCACCAGCUGUCAAAGAGCUGUGCUGAGUCUAGUAAGGAGUUGAUCUGUUUUCUAGCUGAUUGGUACAUUGUGGUGUCUAGUGAGAUACCUAUGUCACCACCCAUGACUAAAAGACCCUCUUGAAAGGAUUCAAUGGCCCUCAGGCUUUUCCUUCGCACUAAACAUUGUUUCCUAUUUAGGAGGUAUAGGUUGGCAAACGUGGCAGUUUUUCCCUAUCUGACCUUUCACAUAAUGUGUCUUCCCUUGCCAUCUGAAGUGGGAGAUGUAAGUAAAGGCUACACGGGCUGCUAUGAGGAUGGCUACUCAUGAUUUGGUUCCAGUAAAGUAACAAUGUGGGUAUUUUCUGUUGCAGAAUGUGUGUGCAGCACUUUCUCUAAAGUGCAUCUCCUGGACAAAUACCACAUCUGCCUUCAGUUUGUGGAACUCCAUUGAGGCUAGAGAACGUCUUUUGGGUGUAUUGAGUUCUUGUAUGUUUAGGGAGACGACCUGAAAAGACCAUAGUUCUAUGUUUAUAGAUACUUGGAAUGGGUUGAGGACUGUACAUGCAGCUAACAAUCUACAUUGUGGCGGGCCUGCUCCCUAACUGUGAAUUGCUGAAUUUUAUGUAUUCCUUUAAGCUUUCCCUCUCUGUAGUUUUGACUGUAAAACCUUUAAAUAUAUUUUACCACCCAGGGGCGCACAGAGCUCCAUGUGCUGGACCACCCGGUACUUCAUUUAGAACAUCUUCUUAGACCGUUCACACUUUGUUUUAAAAAAAAAAAAAAAAAAAAGUGUGAAAACUGCAGACCGCAAGGGAAUGAGUGGUGCAUGCUUACCCUGGAUGGCCACCAGUUCAUGUAACCGAAUCCCCACCAAGGUGCAUUUGACUCCCAAACCUGCCUGCAUACAGUCUUUGAUCCUGGUGUCAGGAAUAAUUAUACCUGCUCCUAAUGGAGUUAGUCACUGUCACUCUCAAACCUGGGAGCUAUGAGACUAGAAGCAUGGCUGCCCAGGGGAACGCUAUCUCUGGCGGAUGGCUGUAUGGGUAUCCAUUGGAGAGGGAUGUGUGCCAGCAGCAAGUUCCUGGGGCUGUGACUCCUGAAUUGGAGUAGGGGGUAGAUAUCAAAUCUUCUGGGCUCUCACAAAUCUGACCACUAAAAAAAAAAAUAAAAAGCACAAAGAUUGCUCUGUAGGAGUCCAAUCUCUGGUGGCAGGAGUCUGCUCAGUCUGUAGGGUUUAUGUAGAGGAUUGGGCACUUCUUGCUCAUCUGACUUGGCAGUUCUCUGGUUGUUCCUCUCUUGGACAAUGUUUGUCAGUGAGUUGUUUGAGCCAGGGCUGUGGUGGGUGAAAGACACAUCCUGAACAGAUGCCAGUGUGAAGUGACCUUGUGAGUUGUGCUUAAGGCAAAGGGAAAUACCCAUCUGUAUCUGAGAUUCUCAAUCUUGGUUGGUGAUGGGCCUUAAUGCCCACCUUGCUUGAAGCAUAGCACAGGAUAUAUCUGGGUAGACUUUGAUUUGGGCAUUAUGGAACAGUAAUGGUUGUGAGGUCUGUUUGCCCAGGGAGAAGUAAUGGAUACAGCCCAAGAUAUCACUUACUGAGUGGGGGCUGUUCGCCUUAGGGCUCUGUGUGCCCUGUCUAUACAACACCUGUGUAUUUGGAGCUCUGCCUAAAAUCAGGUUAAAAGGUUCAGUGUUGCUGUCAGAUUCUCUUGGCUUUUGUUUGGGGAGGCAUUUAAUGUGCAAGUUGUUGCUCCUGCCCAUGUUCUGUCAUCCAGGGAUAUGUAAGUAUCUUGGGCCUCUAUUGAACUCUGCAUUUGCUGUGUGGGUGGAGAGGAUAUCUGUCAUCCUCUAAGGUACUCCCUGUCUUCAACAUGGCUCCAGCUUUAUCUGGGAUGACAUCUCCAGCAUUGCGGCCAGAUAAUGCUGUGAAGGGAAGUUGCAGAAGGCUUCUGUAAUCUCAAUCUGUGGUAUAGUGGGCACCUUCUGGGCUCCAUGGUGCUGAUCCAUCCUGCAAGGACUCUGGCGCCAUGUUGGGGCCUGGGAUAGUCUGCAUUAUCAUGGAAGAAUUUAGUCAGGGCCCCCAAUUUUCCAGCUGAGCAUUUGCUGGAGUGCCUCUGGGUAGAUAGUGAGUGUUUGGGCUGUGCCAUUCGGGCUUGUGAUGCCUGACUAAGGAUCGCAUGCAGGUUCUCUCAGAGCACCAUUUAGAAGGCAGUCACUCAGCUCAGAGGUUCUUUUCUCCUAUCUUGUAUUCCACUUAUAGACUUCAGCAUCUAUCCCCUACUAAAAUGGGUGUUGGAACAAAAUGUAGAUCUCUUUAAAGAAUUACUACCUUGCCAUGGACCUCUAUGUAAUAUCUGUCUUGUCCUACAAUCAUUUUCCAGCGUUGGGGUUCAUCAUGAAGUGACAGUCCCAAGUUGUUCAUAGUAACUUCUCUAAAGAUCUUAUUGCAUAUCACAGCUUAUUGUGUACUUUUAUUCUUUAUCCAAUCGGUUACACCUGGUCCUCAUAUAUAGUGGUUAAAGGGGAUGAUUAGUUUGGGUUUUAAUGCUGUUACAAGGCAGAUCAGCAGCAAAGGGGAUGGUGUGGCAAGAAUGCAUAAAGUCCAAGCAUGUAAACAAAUACACUGAACAGAACUUGGCUUUUUGGUCUAGGGGCUUAUUCACUAACAUUACAUAGUGUGGAUAAUCCAUACCAUGAGUGGAGGGAUAGUUUCCAUAUUGGGGGGAUUGGGGUACAUUAAAAAUGCAGGUUUCUUUUUUGUUCCUCCUCUACUUGAGGCUAGUAGGGCUGUUUACUUCUGAGCCCUGGUAAUUCUGUGGGAGUUAUUGCUGUCUGUUUGUGGCCAGCUCUGGGAAAUGUAUCUGCUUUAACUCUACAAUGCUGCCACCCACCCAUGUGUUCCCUAUUAAGGGUUAAUAAGUAUGUAGGGGUUUAGAUAAAUACCAUCUCAGAUUUAUAUAUAAUCUGAAGGCAACUAGAUGGCAUGUUGGUGUAGAACUCAAAGGUUUGCCUUGACAUGGCAGGUGAGCUUCAACCUAAUGGCCAUUGGAGUGAUACUAAUAACCUCCAGUUAUUGAAUAUGCAUAGUGAUUGUGUGCAGGUAACUCUUUUCUCUGGUUUUAUUGUAAGUAUUGGGAGGGGGGGAGAGAUUGACUAUGGUCAAUGCUGCCGCACAGGACCUCUCUGUAUAAAUGGUGAAGCCAAGUCUAACUUGGUGAAAUAUGUUCAUAAAAGAACAUUGUUUAAAAUGUUGGUCAUUCUCAAAGUCCACCAGCCUUUUCUUUUUAUAAUCAAACUAAACCAGUCUCCUUAUCGGUUUCUGUUCUUUCAUGCUAGGGUUUCUAAAACUGUUAAAUCAAGCAGCACUUUCAGCGAGGAACAUGGAUUCACAGUGCAGGCUGGUGUGGAGCUGACUUUUAAAGCUGGAGUCCCGUACGUAGCUCAAACAGGGGGGAAGAUUUCAGUCAACACUACUACAUCUCAUACCUGGAACUUUACCAAAACCAAUGAAAUAGAGGUAAAUGGACAUGGGACUGGGUAUAUAGAAGAACAAAAAUCUAGAUCUCUCUCUAAUUGACCACUUUUUGCCAUGGACUUCUAUGUAAUUUAGCAGUCUUUGGUUAGUCCUGCGAUCUCUUACCAGUGCUGGGAAGGCAACCCUGAACUGACACACAAGUUCAGAGUAACCUCUCCAAAGAUUUGAUUGCAUAGCACAAGUGUUAUGUACUUUUAGUCUCUAUCCAAUCAGAUGGUGUUGGGCUCAGUUUUAUUGCUGAGGUAUGUAUAAAAAUAUACUUUGGUUACAGACAUUGAAGCUGUUUCUGUACAAUGUAUUUAAAAUGCCUAGUGGGGGGCCUAUCUUGCUUGCAAAGCAUGUACUAAAUAGCACCCUGAGUUGUGCUGAGCAGGCUUGCUUAUCUACGCCAACAUACAGAAUUGUGUUGGAACUGCUUGGUUUGCAAAUUAAACUAUGCCAACUGCAACUGGCAUCACCCUAGACUGAACCUAACAUACUCUCUGCUGUGAGGUAUUGGAUGCAAGGCAUGAUUGAAAUACACUGUUAUUUCUAACAGGCGUUUUCCCCCAGAUCUGUGGGAUAAGCAGAAAACUGGUGACUAGUCCAUGGCCAUUUGAGACCUGAGAAAUAUCCAGCCUUACAGAUGGUUACACCAUGUCUUGAGCAGGGGCACACAAAUCCAAAUCACUUACCUCUGGCUGGGCACUCAGGGUUUUUCUCAUUACCUGUCUCCCUGCAGUCAUAACACGGCAGCAAUCGAAGUCGGCCGGCCUGUCCUGAUGUCAGGUGGAGGCAUGACUUCCACUGCUCUCCUCCCAGACUCCCCAGCGGGCAUUGAACUGAAUUUGGCUUGUUACUCUAGGAGCUUAUUAACAAAACAUUAAAAAUCAAAGGGCAUAAUUCAAUCAGUCUAAACUACUGUUUGAGGUGCUCGUAGGGUUUGCCAAGGCUAAAGGAGCAAUAGCUGACAAAAUGCAUGUGGGGUUUCUGACUUGUAAUUACUCCCCCUGGAAGCAAACAAAGAUGAGAUGAGGAUGUGGCUCCCAGUUUGGAUACUCAGAUCCUAUUUAUAAUGGGACUUCUUGAUCAGAGAGGCUUCUGGAAUGUUAGUUCAGUUAACGGCUCCUUACUCGUAUGCCUAGCUUGGCAACUCACAAACCUUUACUGAGAUCUUGGAUAGAAUCUUAUAGGCAGGGUCGGCACAAUGUCAGGCUGACCGACAGGAGGAAGGCGAACUGCACUCCCCUCAAUGAUGAAUGACCUCCUAUCCCUGUGUACCACGCUGCGCAGCUGGUGCCCAAUGAUGAGAUUGGGCUGCAAGACAGGACUCCACAGACCCGAACAGUAUGCACCCCAGGGACCAGGUUGAAAAAUGUUGUAACUGUGCCUUUGUGUUUCUGUGUGCCUGAAAUGAUGCUUGAGAGGAAAGACACACCCACACCAAAUGGAAGGGAAAGUGCCACACAGAGGGCCUGGUGGGGAAUGAGCCAAAGGGGCUGGGAGGAUACAUACUGUCAGGAGAUUUAUAUCGGCAGACUUUUUUGUGCUAAGAUAGAAAGUAAAAGUGUAUCUUGCCAGUCACUCAGAACAGAGCAGACUCCAUUUUGGAUUUCAGGCAAGACACACAACUUUCUUUCCUUUCUGUAACUAGCCUGAGCUAAGGAAUGCAUUAUGUAAACAAGCCAAGUGAUAAGCAAUGAAGCAGGGGAUGGAAUUCUCUGUUUAAAUGUUAAUGGAAUAGAAAUAAUUGAGAACACACACUAAUUUUACAUUCUAAAUCUUACAAGGUCCCAUUGUAAGUAAAGGGUAAAAUUGAGUUUAGAUCUGUCAACUUUAGAAGUUACAACAGGAAUUGUCAACGCACUGUCUAGAGAAAAUCCAAAAACGCUUUGAACUGACAGUAAAUUUAAGUUAUGGUAGUCAUUUUAGAUAAGCCAAAUGAUUUCAAUUUUCAUCAGGAAAAGUUAACUCUUUCCUGGAUAGGAAGGCUUAGUGAGGUGAGAGUGCCCUCUAUGACCAAAAAUCUAAACUGCAAUCUGCAGGUUGACCAGUAUCCUACUGGUUUUACCAACUAAUGACGUACAGUGUGUCUGGCCCUUUAAAAGUUAGGACAAAGGGAAGAGAGGGAGUGUAGAGAUUCAGGACACUCUGGGACUACUACUCAACUCUCAGACACUUAGAAUUUUACUAUUCCUUUCUAACAAACAUCACUCUUUAUUACUUACACACCUCCAUACAACCAAUCAUACUCGCAUUCAAGUUCCUGGGACUACCUAAUCAUCUGAUGAAAAAAUCUAACUGGUAAUUAUACUGGUUUUAUUUAAUAUAAAUUAAAAUAUUAAUAGCAGGAUACAUACAUGGAUAAAUCACGAUCAGAUCCCAUAAUUGAGGAAUCUUAAUUAAAGAAUAUGUAGUUAUAACACUCCAUUCUGCAGGUGGAGUCAGAUAAUUACAUAGUACUGGUAUCUUACCACAUGUUAGCAUACCACUGUUUUAUCCAUGUGUGUUUUGCUCUGAAAUAAAAAUUUUUUUUUUAUUUUUUUUUUUUUGGGGGAGUACAAUGCAUCUUCACCUGUGUAGCUAAAGAGCCUUGCACUGCCUCUGCUUAUAGGGGCAGAGAGUGACAUACUGUAACUGCUAUGUUAUGGCUCACAAAUCUUAAAAUGAAGAGGUGUUGAGGAGGCAGGGAAGAAGCAAACCACCGGGAACUGUAUUUUAGCUUUAAAUGCAUACAGGCAUGACAAAAUAGUAGGCCACAAACUAAAAAUGCAUAUGUUGUGCUUGGAAAGACCCUUGUGGAGAGAGCAGAGUUCAGAGACCUUCAGCCAAUAUUCUCCUAUCCAUUGUUCAGUUAAUGAAGGUCCAAGGCCAAAUUGAAUCUUUAAUGGAUCCUUAUGGCCUAUAACUUCCUGGCUUUGUAAUUAAUAACCCUGUAAUUUCACUAUGGAGUUCAAGCUCAAUGUAUUGCAUAAAUGGAUAUGCCUAAUCCUCUUUUCCAUUCUAGAGCUGGACUUUGCUCCUAUAAUGCUUUGUCUUCUGAUCACUAACCAGAUCAUUCUGCUAAGACCAUAUGGUGACACAUGGCUAGUGGUCUCAUGGUUUUUGUUCGUGGCAGGGCUUGCCUACCAAACUGACUCCAAAUCCUCAUAGUAAUGAUCCUUAUUGCUGUUAAUAAAGACUGUUAUGCUAUCUUACAAGGUUUCUUUCUGUUUCCCCCUACAGACAUUAUUCUCCGGUACAACUGAGGUCACAUUGGAGCCACACACCAGCGUACGUGUCACUGCAUCCAUCACAAAGGGAGAAAUGGAUGUGCCUUACCGUGCCAGGGUCAAAACCAUGUUGGGUAAUGAAACUACCAUAGAGGGAAUAUGGAAAGGAUCCAGUUGUUUUGAUCUGAUGGUCUCCCAAGAGAACUACAAACCAUCUGCUCUUUCUCUUCAUAAACUCAAGAUAUAA